UUGCACGAGUAUCGUCUGGUUCUAUCGUUCGAAAUCAAAUUCGCUACAAUUCUUGUGAUUUUUUGGUCACACACUAAAGGUACACAGAAAAUGCAGAAGGGAAUGGCGAUGACGUGGACGAUCCUUGCAGUGCUCAUAUCCGUCGGCAUUUUGACCGCGGUGGAAGCAGCACCAUACCCUCUAGAACGAGCACUUUAUCUCGAUCAGCUUCAAGAGGAUCCUGAGAAAAUGUAUGAAGUGCUGACCAAAUUGAACAGAUACCUACAGCAACAAGACAAUGAGAAGCGGGGUGGUUUCGGCCUCGACUUUGGAUUAAACCGUGGCUUCAGCGGUGCCCAGGCAGCAAAACAUCUAAUGGGAAUGGCAGCAGCGAAUUACGCUGGCGGCCCGGGACGAAGGCGUCGAUCAGAUCAGGCGUAAAUGCAUUAACUACUUAUUGUAUCCUCAGAAAAAAAAAAGUAAAUGAAAAAAACUAAAAAAACAACCCUGCGAAAUUUUUACUUUCACGACUCUUUCCAUUCCGCAUGAACGAUUGCUCUCUAGAAUUCAUUGUAACAGUUUGGCGCUCCCCAUAAAUUAUGUAUACUUAUUAUAGAAUGUGUCCAAACUUGAUGUCUCUCUAUAGGAAGUAGAGGUUAAUUGCCAAAUGCACUUUGAAGAUUGAGGCACAAAUUGUUAGAUUGCAUAGUAAAUUUUCACUCUUGCCUAGAUACAUUUCACUUGUUCGUAGUGGACAACAAUAUGAGAGAAUAAUUUGAGUCAAAUUUAAAAAAAACUACAUUGGCUAAGUUUUUAUAAAUUGUUUAUUUUUAAAAGAGGAUUAUUUAUCUAUGGAAGCUGUAAACUACUUAACGCAUUUAAUUAAUUUUUACAAUUUGAAUAAUUCUUCUUACAUUAUUCAAUGAUAGACAUAUUCAUUAAUCAAUUAUAAUUGGAAUAAAAAGUAAUGGAUUAGAAAUGGCCAAAGAUGGGGAAAUAACUGAAAAAUGUAAAUUACAGAUUGUUAAAAAUGUCUAUUUGAAACUGGUAAUUGACCGUAAGUUCGUUAUCGCAUCAGCGAGUAUAGCAGGAAUAAAAACAGUCGCUAUCAAACUACUCUUGAAAUAUGACGUCAUUAUAAUUUUCCUGGAAAUACGCACACAAAAAGUCCAAAUUUUCUGGGAAUGUACUUUCAUUAUUUGACUGUGGAUUAUGGAGGAUAUUAAUCGAUUCAUUUUUUCUGAAAAUUAUAAAAUUUCGAAGAAAAGUCGUGCGCUCUAUGUACCAUACCUGUAUACCUGUCUCCAAAUUAAUGAUCAAUAAAUAUUACU